AUUUUUAGUAGCAUAACAAAACCAGUGAAAUAGCGUAUGUGCUUGUUUCAUUGCUAUUGAUGUUAACAAUUUUGAAUCAGUCUUGUGUGCGCGCCAAAUGACGCAUGUAGGCGGUUGUCCGCUCUGGCAACACCAUUUCAGUGUGGUGCUUGGUUUUGUGGAUGUCAUGAUGCGUGUGCCGCCCAUCAUAGUGAUCGAUGAAAUACUCAAGAUUGGUAUGGGGCUGCCAACUCGUAUGUAUCCAGACAAAGUUGCAACCACAACAACAACGACUACGACGACACCUGCAGCAAGUCAACAGGAUGUCAGCAACAUCACAGCAGCAGCGGCAACCGCAACAUCAGACACAUUUGGCACCAUCAAAGCAUUCUUUGGGUUGGCCAGUGAGGAGGCCACGACUGCUGCUGCAGCUGCUGUCUCAGCCAUCUCCACCUCCAUUAGCAACAGCAGCCAAGAGAUUCUCGAACAAUCCAUUGAGAAUGCAACGAAAGCGGCGCAUACACACGGCAUGCUGAGCAACAACUUUAAUACGCUAAUGGAUGAACUGGCACACGAUGGCGUGCUAGCGGAUAUACUAAGCAUAACAACGAUCAAGUUUAUCAUCUGCUUGCUAGGUUUCUGUAGCGCCGCUUGCAUUUUUAUGCUAUGGACGCGACACUUGGUCAUGGUAUACAUGUUUCUCACCUCGCUGGGACUCACAUUUCUUUCGUACUGGUCUAGUGUUAGCGCCCUGGCGCUGAUGGAGAACAGUCCAUGCAUAGUUGAGGAUUUAAUGUCAAUGAAUACCACUAGAUUAUUGGAUUCGGGUGGCGUCAUAAUGUCACUGGCUCCACAUAUCAUAGCACAAUGGUUCAUGGGCAUGCUCUUUGCCUACAUCCAUUUGGGACCACGCUUUGCGCUGCUGCAGAAAAUGAUGCCCAUUAUCUUUACUAGUCCAAUUCUGUUUGCCAUGUUGCCGCUGCCGCCGUACAUUGUUGAGAAGUUGCCCGUGCUGGCGGGUUUAACGCCCAUUCUAUUGACCAAAUUCACAUUAGUCCAAAGUGCCAUGGAAGCCAGUCGAACGGUAUACAAUGGCUAUCAGUAUGCCAUGAACUUUGUCUCGAACUUUGGUCUGUCGGCGCUCAUUGAGAACGAGUGGCAGCGUCUGAACGUGCCCAAUGUGCUGCGUCUCUUCUGGACCAUCAGAAUCAUGCAAGGCAGCUAUGCUUUGAUCACAGCUGAGACAGAUGUGCCUUUGCAGUUCUUCCCGGCUGUCGAAAAGCUACUCGUCGAUGGUUGUGAAACUCUCACCGCUGUGCUAGGCAUGACUGGUGUCAUCUCCAUGAUCUGCCACUAUAUUGGACGCGGCUUUCAAUGGUAUCUGCUGACCUACGACAAUGAUGAAGAGAAAUCCCUGGGUACCGUUUCCGCUGUCCUCUUCUACAUCUUGGCAUUGCAAACGGGUCUCACUUCGCUGUCGCCCGACAAGCGUUUCGUGCGCUUGUGUCGCAAUCUUUGUCUGCUUGUGACAGCUUUACUGCACUUCCUACACAACAUUGUGUCGCCCAUCCUUAUGUCGUUGAGUGCGGCACGCAAUCCUUCACGCAAGCGUCAUGUGCGCGCCUUGUCGGUGUGCGCUUUUCUCAUUUGCAUGCCAGUCAGUUUGCUUUACUAUCUGUGGGCACAACAUUCGCCAUCCACUUGGCUGCUGGCGGUGACUGCCUUCUCCGUCGAGGUCAUAGUCAAGGUACUUGUUUCACUUGCAACUUAUACGCUGUUUUUGCUAGACGCGCGUCGACAAUUCUUCUGGGAGAAAUUGGAUGAUUAUUUGUAUUAUGUGCGUGCCUUUGGCAAUUCAGUAGAGUUCUGUUUUGGCAUACUGCUCUUUAUCAAUGGUGCUUGGAUUUUGAUCUUUGAAUCGGGCGGCGCCAUCAGAGCGAUCAUGAUGUGCAUUCAUGCCUACUUCAACAUCUGGUGCGAGGCUCGCGCCGGCUGGUCCGUUUUCAUGAAGCGUCGCUCGGCUGUCCACAAGAUCUCCGCGCUACCCGAAGCCACUUCUGCUCAGCUACAAGCCUUUGACGAUGUCUGCGCCAUCUGCUAUCAGGAAAUGUACUCCGCCAAGAUAACGCGUUGUCGGCAUUUCUUCCACGGCGUCUGCCUGCGCAAGUGGCUCUAUGUGCAGGAUCGCUGUCCGCUGUGCCACGAAAUCAUGAUGUACACCGACAAGCCGGAGGAUAACUCCCAAGAAGCAGAUCCGGCGGCUGCAACGCAAGCCGAGCAGGCAAUUCGCAUAUAUCCCCGCGAUGAUGGAAACAAUGCGCGUCGGACGCCUGAACGUGCAGCCAACGCCGAAGAUGCAGCAGACGAUGCCACAACAUCAACGAACGCUGCCACAGGCACGGUGCACAGUGAACGUGUGUCUGCCACGGCGAGUGAAGCGGCAGCACUUGCCGCUGAGGCGAGAGCCGCGGCUGCUGCCAGCAGCAGCAACAGCAGCCAUAGCAAUGCCAACAGCAGCAGCAGUAACGUUAGUUACAUAAGUGGAUCAGGACAACCGCCGCCAUCGACAGCAACAUCGGCGGCCGCGGUGGCCACAGCGGCGGCAAGCAACACGACGCACAUAUUUCGGUUGUCACAGGAACAGCAGUGAACUGUACCGUUAAGUCUAUUCUUAAUCAUACCACAUUUUACUGUUCUAUGUGUUAGUGUACUUAUGUAAAAACAAAAAAACUAACAAAAAAAGAAACAAAAGCAAAAAGUCGAAACCUAAUCGAAACUUUGAUCUGCUUUUUGAACGUUUCGAUGAAGCUUAUUCCUAUACACCUAAACACAACACAAACACACACCCCAUACACAUAUGACUCUUGAUCCUCAUUUGCACACACAUUACACAUAAAUCCAAAGGCGCUUCAAGAUGUUUGGCUUAUAAACCCACACACAAUAAGUUAAAUUAUAUAUCAUGCAUAUAAGUACGUACAUAUUAUAAUAUGACCGUGCCGAUCGAAAUGAGAAUUCAAUCAGAGAUCUUUGUAAAUUAAGUUUAUGGUAACAAGUUGACCCAAAAAUGUUGAAAAUGGCUAGUUUUAAGUUUACAGUGAAAUGGUGUUAAAAAAAAAAAACAGAAAAAUCAAACAAAAAAAGAAUAUAUAA